UAGGAAUUGAAGAAGUUAUAGAGCCAGAGCCAAAGAUGCAUGCUAGGACUCUGUUCAUAAGAAUUAUUUUUGUUUUGCAGGACAAUGCCAAAUUAACCCAAUUUGAGUAGGCGACUCACAUAUCUCCCGCUCCGGCCAAUCGACUCGUCAUCUCCGCCAUUAUCACUACUCCUUCCUUCAUUUCUGGUAAAUCUUUGUACCCUUCUUCUCUAUUCUUCAUUCUUUUAUUUUUUGUUACUUGUAGACUCGAAAUUGAUCUUAUCAAUCGCUUCCAUCUCUCGAUUGAUUAACAAUUUUAAAAGUUGAUAAUUUCGAGAUUUGGAGUCUGUUUCUGGAAAAUGUGGAUAAGGAUUUCUUAUGAUUCAUGGAUUAAUGCGUACUGAUUCGUUCACAUGUUACUCAAAACUGUAUCAUGGGUUUUGAAGAUCUGCAUGUCUUCUUUUGUUGGUUAAUUGUGAUGAUGAACUUAGAUCAUCAUAACAUGCAUUGCCAAAGAUAUUCAAUUUAAUUGAUUGCAAUCUUUUCUAAUCAAUACGCGUUCUUGUAACUACUAGGAAUCUAGGAUGGUGUUUUUUAAUUAAUAUGCUUUGUUGUAACUUACUAGGAUGGUGUUUUUAGUUCAUAUUCUUGUAUUACAUUGAGUAGGCGUUGGGCAUCAUGGUACAUUCAGAGUCAUCAAUACUUAGUUCCUUGCGCGGUGGUGAUGGCGGUGGUAUUCCUUGUUCUAAGGAUGAACUAGCAAUAAAUGGUAGUUACACCGAUCCUAUGGGGCGGAGGAAGUCCAAGCGGUUUAAGGUUGCUGCGGAAAGUGAGUUUUCACCUGAUUUUGGAUCGAUUACCAGGCAGCUCAGAUCGAGAAGAAUGCAGAAGGAGUUCACAGUUGAGACUUACGAGACCAGGAAUGUUUCUGAUGUUUGUGUUCUCUCUUCUCAAGCUGAUGUUGAGUUGAUUCCUGGAGAAAUUGUUGCAGAAAGAGAUAGCUUUAAGUCGGUUGAUUGUAAUGACAUGUCGGUUGGGUUAACCGAAGGAGCUGAAUCUCUUGGAGUUAACAUGCAAGAACCUAUGAAAGAUAGGAAUAUGCCAGAGAACACAAGUGAGCAAAAUAUGGUGGAGGUCCAUCCUCCAAGCAUAAGCCUGCCAGAGGAAGAUAUGAUGGGGUCUGUUUGCAGGAAAAGCAUCACUGGAACAAAGGAGCUUCACGGAAGAACGAUCUCUGUUGGGAGAGACUUAUCUCCAAAUAUGGGGAGCAAGUUUUCAAAGAAUGGAAAGACCGCUAAACGUUCUAUAUCGGUGGAAGAGGAAAACUUGGUUCUGGAGAAGUCAGAUUCUGGAGACCAUUUGGGUCCAUCACCAGAGGUUUUGGAACUUGAGAAAUCAGAGGUUUGGAUAAUUACAGACAAAGGGGUUGUAAUGCCUUCACCAGUGAAGCCUUCCGAGAAGAGGAAUGGAGAUUAUGGUGAAGGAUCUAUGAGGAAGAAUAGUGAGAGGGUUGCCCUGGAUAAAAAGAGAUUAGCUAGUAAAUUUCGGUUAUCAAAUGGUGGGCUUCCUAGUUGCUCAAGCAGUGGGGAUAGUGCUCGGUAUAAAGUUAAGGAAACAAUGCGUCUUUUCCAUGAAACUUGUAAAAAAAUUAUGCAAGAGGAAGAAGCAAGGCCUAGGAAAAGAGAUGGUGGCAAUUUCAAAGUGGUUUGCGAGGCUUCGAAAAUUCUCAAGAGUAAAGGGAAAAAUCUUUAUAGUGGUACUCAGAUUAUUGGAACUGUGCCUGGUGUUGAGGUUGGCGAUGAAUUUCAAUAUAGAAUGGAGCUGAACCUUCUUGGUAUACAUAGACCAAGUCAAAGUGGUAUCGACUAUAUGAAAGAUGACGGUGGGGAACUAGUUGCCACGAGUAUUGUAUCCUCGGGAGGUUAUAAUGACGUGCUUGAUAACUCUGAUGUCUUGAUCUACACGGGUCAAGGCGGAAAUGUGGGGAAAAAGAAAAAUAAUGAACCACCCAAAGACCAGCAGCUUGUAACGGGAAACCUUGCGUUGAAAAACAGUAUAAACAAAAAGAACCCUGUGCGGGUCAUAAGAGGCAUCAAAAAUACGACAUUACAAUCAUCAGUUGUUGCAAAGAAUUAUGUUUACGAUGGAUUGUAUCUGGUGGAAGAGUACUGGGAAGAAACCGGGUCUCACGGUAAACUCGUCUUCAAGUUCAAACUACGGCGUAUUCCUGGACAACCCGAGCUUCCCUGGAAAGAGGUUGCGAAAUCGAAAAAAUCUGAGUUCCGGGAUGGUCUUUGCAAUGUUGAUAUCACAGAAGGGAAAGAGACAUUACCCAUAUGCGCUGUGAACAAUUUAGACGAUGAGAAACCGCCACCGUUUAUCUACACGGCUAAAAUGAUAUAUCCGGAUUGGUGCCGGCCAAUUCCUCCAAAGAGCUGCGGUUGCACAAACGGCUGCUCCAAGUCAAAAAACUGUGCCUGCAUUGUGAAAAACGGUGGAAAGAUACCUUAUUACGAUGGAGCCAUUGUUGAAAUUAAGCCCCUGGUCUAUGAGUGUGGCCCACACUGCAAAUGCCCACCUUCUUGCAACAUGAGAGUCUCACAGCACGGGAUCAAGAUCAAGCUGGAGAUCUUCAAAACGGAGUCAAGAGGUUGGGGAGUGAGAUCGCUGGAAUCUAUUCCUAUCGGGAGCUUCAUCUGUGAGUACGCAGGAGAGCUUCUAGAGGAUAAACAAGCUGAAAGCCUUACCGGGAAAGAUGAGUAUCUUUUUGAUCUCGGGGACGAGGAUGAUCCGUUCACCAUAAACGCAGCACAGAAAGGGAACAUAGGGAGGUUUAUAAACCAUAGCUGCUCGCCGAAUCUGUACGCACAGGACGUAUUGUACGACCAUGAGGAAAUAAGAAUACCUCACAUUAUGUUCUUUGCACUGGACAAUAUACCUCCACUUCAGGAACUCUCGUACGACUACAAUUAUAAGAUCGAUCAGGUAUACGACUCUAAUGGUAAUAUCAAGAAGAAAUUUUGCUAUUGUGGUUCCGCUGAGUGUAGUGGUAGGCUCUACUAAUAAGCUGUUGUUAGCACUUGUAUUCUUCUUCAUUUUCCCCCUUGAUGUUCAGUUCUGUCUGAAUAAGCAAAUUAGAAGACAGCUUUAGCCAAAUUUUCAACACAUUGUAUGACAUAAUUGGUGUCAAUUAGUGUUGUCAUGUUUUAGCUGCAUUGUUUCAUUAUUAUGUUAUUCACUGAACCUCACCAUAAUCCAAGUAUUUCAUAGUUAUUUUCA